UACUUAACUAUGCGUAACGUUAAUUAAGUCCAAAGAUGCUAUUUGCUAUUUGUUUACUAAUAAACCGCCAACUAGCAAACGUUGACUACAAAUAUGUUUGUGUAUGUCGAAGCGUGACGUCAAAAUUGAAUAACCGACACAUGCUCAAAUGCGCUCCAAGUGCCUCUGUCGCGCUCACCGGGGCAGACACCGCCUAAAAAAGAUUGCAGGGAGCGUUUGUGCCUCUGCGAGUGUGUUGACAAACAAUCGGCUGUCAAAAAUCAAGUCAGUCUGAGUAAAGCGCCGUUGUCAGAUGUUCUUUGCGGUGACGCGGUUAACUAGAGUGUGAAUUAAAAGAAUUUCAAAUUUCUCCAUAAAAGUGGUAUACUAAGAUCGCUAUUUUUGCGAAACACUUUAAAUAACAAGCGCACCAUGUCGUACGGCGCCGAGAAGGCGCUUGCCUAUUUGUAUCCGCUGAUCAUUGCCACCUCUGCCAUCUGCUGCAUCACAUCGGGCGUUGCUUGGGCCCAUUGGCGUUAUGUUUUGAACGCUUGUCCGGAGACGAAUUGCGGCUGCAUCCUCCAUGGACGCACCACCUACAACAGCUUCGAGGGUGGUCAUAUAGCCUAUUGCCACUUUGCCACAUACGGUCUCAUCUUUCCUCUAGUGUUCGCCACCGUCCUGGGUAUUUACCAUGCAUAUCGCAUCUGUAUGGGCACAACAAAACGAAAAACGGGCACAACCACCAUUCGACAGAGAUCUGGUGACAUGAUUGUGGUGACUGCCGAAUCAGAGUUAACACAUAACGGAAUAUCGCCCUAUUACUGGACACCCGCUGCUGUCAUCUCUUGUGUCAUGACCGUUUACACCUUAAUCUAUGCAUCGAUCUAUACGGAUGGCUUUCGCAUCACUUGCAAACAGUAUAGCGAAUCAUUGGUCAAAGACAUUCAAGGAGCUGGCAAUAUUGUGCCUGUUAUAAAGGGUCGAUUGUCUUGCGGAGCAAUCUUCGAUUUCAUGGACUACUUGGUGGAGACCAUUUCCUAUGAGCGGCGUAAAUAUGGGCGCAUCAAUACUGGAGCAUGCCUUUACAUGACACUCAUAUGCAGUUGGUUGACUAUAUUCUUUUGGAUUAUUGUUUGUGUAGUGAACAUUGUACAAACACGUCGCACACGUUCGGAGCGAGUCUGAUAAUGGCUUAAUUUUCUAAAUGAAAAUAAACCAGUCAAUUAUGCGCAUGACAUUUGAAAUUCAGGAAGCAAAAUAUACACAAGUGCUUGCAUUUGCCAUUUUUACAACUAAAACGUCCACUUACGAAUUAUUAUAUAGUAAAUACAACACCAAAAGUAUUAAGUAUUGCAUACUUUAGAUGAGAAA